GAAUCAGGUUCUGUCUUUGCUUGCUGUCCUCAGUGGAAGGAUAUCCUUUUCCCAGGCCUGAAACUUGCUCACAAUUUGAACUCAAGUUCCAGCUCAUCAUGGAAGUCAGACCUAUUGGGUGGAUAUGCGGGCAGGUGCUGAAGAACUUCUCCGGAAGACUUGAGGGAAUCCAGAAGGCAGUCAUGGACCUUAUAGAUGAGUUUAAAGAUGAUCUCCCUACCAUCCUAAGAAUAUCACAGUCUAAUCAGAAAAAAGAUCCAGUGCAGAGAACAUCCAAAGUCAGAAUGGCUCUCGCUUUAGCCCAGAUCAACCGGGGAACACUAAUUCAAGGACUGACCAGCAUCUCCAGCUCUUCCAAGUCAGUGGCCAAACUCCUGCAGCCCCAGCUGGCAUGUAGACUCUUGGAGCUGAGGCACAUAUCUCACCGGCUGCUGAGAGAGAUGAAUGCACCAAGCCAACCCCUGUACAGCACGCAGGUCAGAAAGGGUUCUUUGUUUGAAAUAAUUUCUUUUCCAGCAAAAACUGCUUUAACCAGCAUAAUGUAUGCUUCCUACGCAGCACUAAUUUAUUUGGCAGUCUAUGUUAAUGCCGUGCUGGCAAAGAUAAAGAACAUUUUCCAAGAAGAAGAAUCCCUAAGGCAAAACAGAGAGAGUGAGAACUUUAGGAAAGCCUUUUCUGAGCCUGCGCUUCCACAGCCCAUGUUCUCGGAAGGUGAAAUCACAGCGAAACCUUACAGAUCACUGCCGGAGAAGCCGGACCACCUCGCAACUCUCACCAAGCCUCCUGCCAACAAGCAGAGUAACAAGAUCCAGGUUUUACACUCUGUGUUUGACCAAUCAGCUGAACUGAAUGAGAGCUCCAGAGACAAAUACCACUCCAGAGAGCUUAGCAGUCAUCCAUCCAUGGGAACAUCUCAUCAGACAAAACCAGAAGACUAGUUUUCAUAUGCUGAAUGCUCUUUUUAAAGGGGCAGAGCAGGGAAAAUGAUGACAUCAUUCUCUUGUAUUUAUAUGGCAUAGAGAAUAAAAGGAAACAAUGUAGAAGAUAUGUCUGACUACCCAGUUUUUUUUAUUUUUUUUUACAUAUUUUACAUAGUAAAUGUGCAGGUACCUAAACAGGCCAGAAGAGAGUGUCAAAUCUCCGGGAGCCACCUGACAAGGAUGCUAGAAACCAAACACAGGUCCUCUAGAAGAACAGAACAUGCCUGUAACCACUGAGCAACUUCCCUGCCCUGACUAUACAAUACUUUUACCAAAUAAGAGAAUUCAUAUUUUGUUGGGCUAGAGUUUACACUGUUUAUAAUAUUGAUGUAUUCCUAAUUCAUUUAUAUUUUUAAUUAAGAAUUAUUCUAAAUGCUUAUUUGGAAAGGAAAAUUUCAUAACUAAAAGUUAUACAUUUUGAGGCUGAAGAGAUGGCUCAGUUAAGAGCACUUGCUUCUCUUACAGAGAGGCCAGAUUCAGUUCUUAGCACCAACAACUGUUUGCAACUGCAGCCCCUGGGGAUCUACUGCCCUCUUCCAGCUUCUGCAUACCAGAUGGAGUGUGGUGUGCAUACAUACAGGCAGACAAAAACUUUAUUUAAAAAAUGCUACACUUUCAGAAAUAGUAAAAACUGUAUUUCUUUAUAUUUACAGGCAGAGUAGCCAAGUCUCCCUACUGAUUUUAUAAGUCAUUUGUAAAGUUAUGAAGGACUUGAAAUUCAGAUGCCAUAAACUUAUAAAAAAAUUGCAAAUCUGAUGGGACAGAAUGAUAAGGUGAGGUUGUUAUCUAUUAAUGGAGUUUGGUCAUAUCCCCAUUCCAGCUAUGAAUUCCUGGCUCAAAUGAUUGUCCUGCCUCAACCUCCUGAGAUUCCAGGAGUACAGGGUCACAGCACUGAACCUGGCAAAGUGAUCACUUUUAUUUCCAUAUUGUCUGUCACUGCCAUUGGCUCCUGACAGAAAUGCUGCUAUUCUUGGUCGCCUAAACCAAGUCCUAGAUUUGCUGAAUGGCGCAACUUCAGUUGCUUUCAAGCACUUUAUAUUCUAAGAUAUGAUAAGAUUUGUGACUAUCCAAGAAAUAACAGGCUGGUAUGAACUCUACCCAGAGAUGGCGCAUUUUCUGAACCCAGAGAGUAACUGUUGAUGGAAACAUUGUUGAAAAGUCCAAGUCUGGCUUGUUAGUGUUCUCAGAAAUGAGUAACUUUUGUGAUGUGACCCAUAUCCCAAAAGAAAAGGAAAUGUACUACUAUACAGCAGAAGGUCCAAGCACCCGUGAGUCACUAGGUGGGUGCCGCGGCCCACACUGCAGUCCCCUGUGCGAGAGCAGCGAGUGCUGCUAGCCAGUCGUCUCUCCGGGGCUCCUGGCUCAUUUUCACAACAACCCAGUGAAAGAGUCCAGGUGAAGGAGAACGUUAAGCACUAGGUAGGCACUUAAUUCACCCUGCAUCAUGAAAAUUACUAUGUUUGACACUUAGUUUUAUUUUAUUUUUUUAAAAUAUUUAUUUAUUAUGUAUACAAUAUUCUGUC